GCGGGACCAGGCCGCGGGAGCCGAGACGCCGGAGCUCUCCGACCAUCCGUCGGGGAGGGCUUCCCGGAGGCGGCGCGGCGGCCGCGGGGAGCGUGCCGAGCGUCCAGGAAGCGGCCGGCGACCAUGCCGCCCCCGUCCGACAUCGUCAAGGUGGCCAUCGAGUGGCCCGGGACCAACGCCCAGCUCCUUGAGAUCGACCAGAAGCGGCCCCUGGCUUCCAUCAUCAAGGAGGUGUGCGACGGCUGGUCCCUGCCGAACCCGGAGUUCUACACGCUUCGCUACGCCGACGGCCCGCAGCUCUACAUCACAGAGCAGACCCGCAGCGACAUCAAGAAUGGCACCAUCCUGCAGUUGGCCGUGUCCCCGUCGCGGGCGGCCCGGCAGCUGCUGGACCGGAUCCAGUCGUCUCCCACGGAGCCGCGCCUGGAGGCCAUGAAGGAGCUGGCCAAGCUGUCGGCCGACGUCACCUUCGCCACCGAGUUCAUCAACAUGGAGGGGGUCGCCGUGCUCACCCGCCUGGUGGAGGCCGGAGCCAAGCUCCUCUCCCACUACAGCGAGACGCUGGCCUUCACCCUCACCGCCUUCCUGGAGCUGAUGGACCACGGCAUCGUGUCCUGGGAUUUGGUCUCCGUCACCUUCAUCAAGCAGAUCGCGGGCCACGUGAGCCAGCCCUUGGUGGACGUGUCCAUCCUGCAGCGGUCCCUGGCCAUCUUGGAGAGCGUCGUCCUCAACAGCCAAGCCCUCUACCACAAGGUCGCCCAGGAGGUCACGGUCGGCCAGCUCACCGCCCACCUGCAGGUCUCCAACCAGGAGAUCCAGACGUACUCCAUCGCCCUCAUCAACGCGCUCUUCCUCAAGGCCCCCGAAGACCAGCGCCAGGCCAUGGCCAACGCGUUUGCCCAGAAGCACCUGCGAUCCAUCAUCCUGAACGUAUUGACCUUUAACCUCCUGGAGGAGCGCAUGAUGACCAAGAUGGACCCCAACGACCAGGCGCAGAGGGACGUCAUCUUCGAGCUGCGGCGCAUCGCCUUCGACGCGGACUCGGACCCCGGCGCCGUCAGCGGGACGGAGCGGCGCCGAGCCAUCUACACCAAAGACUACAAGAUGUUGGGGUUCACGAAUCACGUCAACCCGGCGCUGGACUUCACCCAGACUCCUCCGGGGAUGUUGGCGCUGGACAACAUGCUGUACCUGGCCAAAGCCCACCAGGACACCUACGUGCGGAUCGUCCUGGAGAACAGCAGCCGGGAGGACAAGCACGAGUGUCCCUUCGGACGCGGGGCUAUCGAGCUCACCAAGGCCCUCUGCGAGAUCCUGCAGGUCGGGGAGCUGCCCAACGAGGGGCGCAGCGACUAUCACCCCAUGUUCUUCACCCACGACCGCGCCUUCGAGGAGCUCUUCGCCGUCUGCAUCCAGCUGCUCAACAAGACGUGGAAGGAGAUGCGAGCCACCGCCGAGGACUUCAACAAGGUGAUGCAGGUGGUGCGGGAGCAGAUCACCCGGGCCCUGCCCUCCAAGCCCAACUCCCUGGACCAGCUGAAGAGCAAACUGCGCGGGCUGGGCUACGCCGAGAUCCUCCGCCUGCGGCAGGCCGAGCGCCUCCACCAGGACGACUUCCAGUCGGCCGCCAUCGUCGAGCUCAGGGAGAAGAUCCAGCCCGAAAUCCUGGAGCUCAUCAAGCAACAGCGACUCAACCGGCUCUGCGAGGGCGGGAGAUUCCGGAAAGUCGGGAACCGCCGCCGCCAAGAGCGGUUCUGGUACUGUCGCCUGGCCCUGAACCACAAAGUGUUGCACUAUGGUGACCUGGAUGACCGCCCGGAUGGGGAGGUCACCUUUGAGGCCCUGCAGGACAAGAUCCCCGUGGCCGACAUCAAGGCCAUCGUCACCGGGAAGGAUUGCCCGCACAUGAGGGAGAAGAGCGCCCUGAAGCAGAACAAGGAGCUGUUGGAGCUGGCUUUCUCCAUCCUCUACGAUCCCGACGAGACGCUCAACUUCAUCGCGCCCAAUAAAUACGAGUACUGCAUCUGGCUGGACGGGCUGUGCGCCCUGCUGGGCAAGGAGAUGGGCAGCGAGCUGACCAAGAGCGACCUGGACACCCUGCUCAGCAUGGAGAUGAAGCUGCGGCUCCUGGACCUGGAGAACGUGCACAUCCCCGAGGCCCCGCCGCCGGUGCCCAAGGAGCCCACCAGCUACGACUUCGUCUAUCACUACGGCUGAGGGCGCCCGCCCCGCCGCCCCCGCGGGGCCCCGGCCACGGAUGGUGCGCGUCCCACGGGACCCGCCCGGCCCGGGGGCGGAUCGGCGCGGGAAGGAACCGGGGGGGCCUCGAGGGGACGC